UCAGGGGGAACGACAGUCUUUUGAUGUGACAGAAGAAAGCAGCAACUCCUCCCGCAGAAGUACAGGAAAACGGCUUUGUAUGAAGAAGCGCAACUUUACGCACAGGCAGACAGUGGAUUGAACGAAACCCACAGUAGUAGUCUACAACCCACACAGACAGAAGCCAGUGGGGCUCUGAAGAAUAAGAAAAUGAAUCGGAGCUUAAGUAAAUCGCAGUCUUCUUUGCAGUAUUGUGCGACAGUGGAAGUGAAAAGCAAAUAUGGAGCAGAGUUCAGAAGGUUUUCCCUUAACCGCUCCAACCCUGGAAAGUUCCAAGAUUUCUACAAGCUCCUCCUGCGCCUGCACCAUCUAACCAGCAUUGAUGUCAUGAUUGGCUAUGCAGAUAUCCAGGGAGAGCUACUACCCAUCAAUAACGAUGACAACUUCUGCAAGGCCGUGUCCACUGCUCCCACCUUGCUGCGGAUCUUCAUACAAAGACAAGAGGAAGUGGACUACAACAACUUCUGCCCUAAUGCCACUGUGACACGCCGGAGGAAGGUGCCAGUGAUCCCUCUCCCACGCGGCAACAUGAACCGCAAAAGGCCCACGGUCCACAUCAGCAGGCCGCAGGACUUCCGUCCCAUCUCGUCCAUUAUUGACACAGACUUCCUGCCCGCAUCUCAGCGCCGGGUACGACUGUACCGCCAGGGCUCAGAGAAGCCCCUGGGGUUCUAUAUCCGGGAUGGGACCACUGUGAGGGUGACUCCCCACGGCCUGGAGAAGGUCCCCGGGAUCUUCAUCUCACGGCUGGUCCCUGGAGGCCUGGCUGAGAGCACAGGGCUGCUGGCCAUCAACGACCAGGUGCUUGAGGUGAAUGGGAUCGAGGUGAUGGGCAAGGUGUUAGACCAGGUGACAGACAUGAUGAUCGCAAACAGUCACAAUCUUAUCAUCACGGUGAAGCCGGUGAACCAGCGUAAUAACAUAGUGCGUGCCGGCAGCUGGAUGUCGGGGAUAAACUCAGGCAGUGUCAGCUCUUUAGACUACCAGAGUUACCACAGCAUGCCCAUCUGUCAGAGUUACCACAGCAUGCCCAUCUGUGUGGGAGCCUACAGCUUCACUGAUGACGAGCUGCAGAGCGACGAGGACUUGGACAUUGUGAUUGAGAGAAGACUCAGAAACUCAUCCCGUCGCUCCAGUGCCUCAACCUCCACAGCCUCCCGUUCCCAGGCUUGGUCCCAGCCCCAGCAGAGUCCUAGGCCUUCUCCUAGGCCAUCCUCCCGGCGCCCUCCCCGUCGGCCUUACUCUGUCAUCUCCUCAACCUCCUAUCGCUCACAGCCCAGCCUCACUAGCCCGAACCUCAGACUGAACAGAGACCUGACCCUACAGCGGCACUACGGCAGCAGCCCAGUCGUCAGGGAGAUGAACGGAGGUGUGUUUAACCACAGCAGCCUGCUCACCCUGAGGACAGAGCUACGACGUAGCCUGGUGCUACAGAGGGGAGGGGUGGAGGAGGACGGAAUGGUCAUCACCUUAUGAUUCUAUAGUAAUAUUCUAGAACACUGCAAACCACGUGAGGCUGCUGAAGGGAGGACGGCUCAUAAAAAUGGCCAGAAUGAAGUGAAUAAAAUGGUAUUUGAUACCAUUCCACUUGGUCCACUCCAGCCAUUACAACGAGCCCGUCCUCCCUAAUUAAGGUGCCACCAACCUCCUGUGCUACAGACACUGCCGACCUUUGUUAUACCUUUUCUAUACUUGAGACAUUUCUUAUUGUCUGUGUCCCAAAUCAAAUCAAAUCAAAUUGUAUUUGUCACAUACACGUGUUUAGCA